AUGACCAAGGAGAAUAUCCGACAUUUAGCAGUGGUGAAUGGCGACAUGACGAGCGCUGUGAAGCGAGGAUCGGUGCAGGAAGAGGACAUGCGCUGCGUGCUGUCCAUCACGGAUAUUGUCCGUGCGUACGCGGAGUUUGAAGCCUCAAGGAAUGCGACGCCGGCUCAAGACGGCGCGGCGGACGCAUCUGCAGACACUGAGGCGAAGUCUAAGACUGAGACGGACGAACCCAAGGAGACAAAGUCUACUGAAGACACUGAGACCAAGACUGAGACGCCGGAAGCAGCGGCAGACGCGACCCCGUCGACUCCAGUUGUUACGGCUGCGACGCUGUUGAAGAAGAAGCACAAGCGCAUUAAGCUGAUCCUCAACACUCGACCGGAAGACAAUGUGACUGUGGCAGACGCGGUGGAGGAGAUGGCCAAACGCAACUUUGGAGCCGUCCUGGUCGUGGACAAGGAGCAGCGUGUGCUCGGCAUCUUCACUGAGCGUGACUACAUUCGCAAAGUGCUUUUUGAAGUCAAGGACCCGACCAAGGUGCUCGUGACGGACGUGAUGACGUCUGUGGACUCUGUGCUUCAAAUUGAGGACCCACUGGAAAAGUGCUGGGACUUGGCUGCCACUUCGAACUGCCGUCAUUUCCCUGUGAUCGGUGUCAUGCGUCAAGAUCGCGAGAAGGAGCUUGCUGGUAUCCUGUCUAUCAAGGAUAUCGUCCGUGAGAUUUCCAAGGACCAUCACGCCACACCUGGUUUCCGUCUGAUGGAGUUCUUGAAGUCCAAGAUGGAGCCAAAGCGUGCAGAGCCCAAACCGGAGGCGAAGGUCGAGUCUACUGCUGAGUCGUCGGCGGAAACUAAGGCUGCUGCUCCUACAGACACGACUGCGGUCAAAGAACCGAAAGAAGAGACUCCAAUGAAGGCAUCUAGCUCUGAAACGGAGUCCAAGACUGUGGAGGAGCCUCAGACGUCCACGUCUGUGAAACUGUAA